AUGGCUCCUCCUGCACAGCUUCCUCUACGCCAACUCGGCAAGAAUGGACCAAAGAUCCCAGCUGUAGGCUUUGGUCUCAUGGGUAUCAGCAUCGCCUACGGUGCCACUGAAUCAGAUGAGGAGCGCCUCAAGGUCCUCGACCGUGCCUGGGAGCUGGGCUGCACCAACUGGGACACUGCCGAUGCCUAUGCUGACAGCGAGGACCUCAUCGGCAAGUGGUUCAAGCUGCACCCUGAGCGCCGCAACGACAUCUUUCUUGCGUCAAAGUUUGGGCUCAAGAUAGUCGACGGCAACUUCGAGACAGAUUCGUCGCCUGAAUAUGUGAGGGAGUGUAUUGACAGGAGUCUGAAGCGGCUCGGUGUUGAGCACAUUGAUCUUUACUACAUGCAUCGUGCGAAUGAGGACGUGCCUAUCGAGAAGACGGUCGAGGCCAUGAAGCAACUGGUAGAGGAGGGCAAGGUCAAGUACCUGGGUCUCUCAGAGGUCUCGUCCACGACGCUCCGCCGUGCCCACGCCGUGCAUCCCAUCUCGGCCGUGCAGGUCGAGUACAACCCCUGGACGCUCGAUAUCGAGGGCCCCUCAGGAACGUACCUCCUCAAGACGUGCGAGGAGCUAGACGUCUCCGUCUUUGCCUACUCGCCCCUUGGGAGAGGCAUCUUGACAGGCAGGUACCGCUCAGUCGACGACUUUGAGGAGGGAGACUUCCGGCGGAACCUGGCGCGGUUCCAGGGGGAAAACUUCCGCAAGAACCUUGUGAUCGUGGACAAGUUCAACGAGCUGGCGAAGCAAAAGGGGCUCACAUCCUCGCAGCUCGUCCUCGCCUGGCUGCUAGAGCAGAGCCCACGCGUGUUUGUGAUCCCCGGCACCAAAAAGAUCAAGUAUCUCGAGGAGAACGUGGGAGCGUCGCGAGUGACGGUGAGCAAGGGGGAGGAGCAGGAGCUGAGAAGACUUGUGCUUGAGGCCGGGGUUGAGGGAGGACGAGAUCCCACGUUUGGGAACUACACAGACACCGCUCCUCUCGAGGCAUGA